AGAUUUUGUUCAUGAAACAAGUCAAAAUAAAGAACUUUAAAGAGUUUGUGAAAUCUGUUUUGAAUUAGUAAUAAGGCCCAAAAUGGGUCCGUUUUUCUAUUUCGGAGUUAUUUUAGUGUCCUCAACUUUUUCCGUGGCGCAGUUAGGACUGGAUAAUAAUAAUAGUGUGCAUAAUAAUAAUAAUCUCUUGACAGAGGAGGAUUUUCCGUCGAGCUAUGCCUCAAAUUAUAAUAAUUACGAUAAUAAUAAUUUGCCAGAGGAGAUUAAUUCCUUUAUUGGAAGUUUGUUCGAACCGGAAGUGGGGGGACAGUCGAUUGGAGGAGGGGAUGAAGUCGGUAUGGAGCAGGUGAAUCGAGGUCCAAUUCCACUGGAAGGACAGGAUCAGGAUGCCUCGGCGUCUAGUAUUUCUCCCGUUAUGGGACAAGCUCCGUUAACCAAUGCGGUAGCGUUGGGACGACCUUUUCCAGUCUAUGCGGACAACAAGGAAAUUCAGAAUCAACAAGCCCACCCGAACUAUCAAGGAUGGGGAGACGAUAAUCUGAACUAUGUCGAACAGAAUCAAGUCCAAAAUUCAAAUCAUUUGGAUGAGCAGAGAGUAAAACAACGAAGGCGAAAAAUUAAACGGUAUCGAAACCGCGUCGCGUCGACGACACCUCAACAGCAAAAUGUCGCCGUUGCGUCACCCCCCGCCGAGCCUACGCCAACGACACAAAUGCAACACCAACAACCAACUCAAAGAGGACGUCAGGUUUCGAAAAGUUAUCAAAAUGUGCAACAAAAUUUUCAAAACGUGCAACAAAAUUAUCAACCUGUCCAACAAAAUUAUCAAACAAUACAACCAACUCCCCACCGCCAACGCCAACAACAAUUUGCUCAGCAAACCCACCACCAUCAGCAGACCGUCCCCACGACAGGUCCCCAGCAACAAUACCAAACCCACCAGCAGCAUCAAGGUUACAAUCACGUCGCAAACAACUAUCCCCCCCAACAACCCGCCUCCUCCCCCCAAAAGCAAAAAUCAUACCGACAACAUCAACCCUUGAAUCAAUAUUACGGAAACACUUUCAAUUAUGCAGUUGAACCCCAACAACAACAAAUUCCGACCCGACAAGUCGUCCCCACUCCUCCGAAACAACACCACCACCACCACCACCAACAAAUCCCCCUCAACAAAAACCACCCUCAAAACUAUUACACCCAAGAAUCACGCCAACUUCCGCAGUACCAGCCACGCCAUCAGAAUAACAGACAACGCCACGCUCACAAUUACAACCAGCACGCCGUCCCACAUCCCCAGCAGACAGUUCACCACCACCACCUCCCAACCCAACAAUGGGGUGGUCAAGCUCAAUUACCCCCCAAUAAUAAUUAUCAGCCGAUCCAUCCUCGCCAAAACUAUAAUAACAAUCACCCUCAAUUUCAACCAGAGGCGAUGCAGCCAGCCAUGUCGAACCCACGUCCCGUUGCACGGUUUGGUCAUCGAAGCGGUCGAGGGAAUAAUUACUAUCCCACCACCUCGUCCUACACCUACGGAGGAGCACAACGGUCACGCGCUACUUACUCGGACGACGCGGAUGACGACAAGUACUACACGGUGAGUGGCUACUCGCCCACUUCGGGGGGAGGAUAUUCGCCCUCGUCCGACGGGUAUGCUGAGUACGACGAGGAACCCGUCGCCGAGAAGAGGAGGAAGAAAAAGAAGAGUGGAGGAGGAAAGAAGGCGAAGGCUGAAAAGGAAAAGGAGGACGCCGCCAAGGAGGAAAGUUUCAUCAAGAGGGGCUACACCAAGACGAAAAACGUUAUAGUUAAUACCGCCUCGGCUGUUUUUGGGGCUCCGAAAUUCAUCUAUACGAGGUAUAAGAAGGCCUAUAAUAAUUUAGGGUCGAGUAAAAAGCGGAGUUCGAAGGUCGCUGCGGAAAAUGAUCGUGAGUAUGACCAUGAGGAGGGACCGGUGCAGAUAAGUGGAGGUGGCGGAUAUGUCGGCGGCGGCGGUGGUGCUUAUGGCGACGAUGAUGCCGAACAGCAGUGGAGACUGCAUGCGCGACAGGAUGACGAUUCCAUGUUGGGCGGGGGGAGGAGGGGAUGGGCCGCGGACAGGUCGCCGGGUCGGAUUGGGACGGCGGUUACGGGAAUGGGGGCGGAUCCAGGUCCUCCGCAGAUGAUUGACGACCAGAACCACGUUAAUAAUAUUGAACCGUGCAAGUUAGCGGGACAUAAUCAUAAUAAUCGGAUGAUGUCGAGAAGUAGGGGGCCAAACUCGUACGGGGAGCGAACCGGCGGCGGUGGGAGGAGGUGGCAAAAUAGCAAUAAUUCGAGAGGAGGUGGGGAAGAGAGAUUGCUUUCUCUUCCGUCCAGACCGGCGUGGGGGAGAGUUUUUAUGGGAUGAUAAGUGAUAUUAACUUAUCGAUAUGUACAUAGAGCAAUUUUUGUCCAAAAUAGUUUUAA